AUCAGGCUGGUCACGUUCAGAGCAAGAUCAGCCAUGUUUGGGGCACGCAUACCAAACAGUUAAAGAAUAUGUAUUUUUUUGUAAACAAGAGAUUGAACAACUAUGGAUCCUCAUUCCAGUGCCCAGGAUGUACCUCGAUGUGACCUUUGUGAGACCACCAUAGUACACAGCUACUGUGACUUUUGUCAUUUCAACCUCUGCACGCCAUGUAUAGGCAAACACAUCUCAGAUGGAUACGACAAACAUAAAAUAGUCCCUUUUAAGGAACGAAGAUCAACCCUCAUUUAUCCAACAUGUGAAAUACAUCCACACAAGAAUUGUGAUUUUCGGUGUGAGGAUUGCGGAAACAUUUUUGUUUGUUCUUCCUGUACUGCAUCUAAACAGCACAAGGGACAUAACUUUGUAGAAGUUACAGAAGUUUACAACACAAAGAAAGAAGUUAUUAAAAAAGACACAAAAGACUUGGAGGAUCAUAUUUCCCCUAAGUAUGAAGGAAUUGCACUCGACUUGGAAAAUCAGCUUGCCAACCUGGAUGGAGGAUAUGAGAAACUUACAACAACAAUUUCAAAACAAGGAGAGCAAUGGCACAGAGAAAUCGACGUCGUUAUCAACAAAAUGAAAACUGAACUCAGUGAUAUAAAAGAGAAACACAGAGACAUUUUACAGAAACACUUGAAUGAAAUCAAACAGAUACAGUCUCUCAUAAAAGAAACAUUACAGACCAUAAGGAAAAUCGAGAAAUCCACUGAAGUAUCUUCGACCAUUGAAUACAGCUCUAAGAUCAGAGAGAUCAGCAAGCUUCCACCCAAGGUUCAGGUAUCACUGCCAACAUUCAUUCCAAAACCAAUAGACCGUGAGAAGCUGUAUAGUUUGUUUGGACAGAUCACCCCAUUAUCUACUGCUACAGAAGAAAAUGUUUUGUCACUAAACCAACCCAACACUUCAGCCAGAGAACUACUGGAUGAACCAGAGCUUGUUGUCACAAUACAGACUAAGUAUAAAUAUCUACGCAGUGUUACCUGUCUGACUGAGGACAGGAUUUGGACGAGUGGACAGACCAAUGAUAUCAAAUGCUUCAACAUUAAAGGUUCACUCUUCCAAACAAUCAAAACAAAAUCAGGAAAUGGGCCUGACGAUAUAGCUGUAGACAUUAACGGGGAUCUAUUUUACGCUGACGGGACAACAAGGACAGUAGAUAAAGUGAAAAAUGGACAGACGGUAGAGUUGAUCAGAUUACAGGGAUGGAAGCCCAAACAGCUGUGUGUCACCUCUACUGGUGAUCUCCUGGUUACCAUGUACAGUGAUGUUGAACCUCAAUCCAAAGUUGUUCGUUACUCGGGAUCUACAGAGAAACAAACAGUUCAAUUUGAUGGUGAAGGUAAACCUCUGUACUCAGGAAAUUGUUAUAAUAAAUACAUCACAGAGAACAGAAACCAUGACAUCUGUGUAGCUGACUUUAAGGCUGGCGCAGUAGUGGUGGUCAAUCAGGACGGGAAACUCAGAUGGAGAUACACCGAUCACCCCUCAGUUACCAAGAAGGAAGCAUUCAAACCCUAUGGUAUCACAACAGACAGUCAGAGUCGUAUCCUGACAGCAGACAGUGACAACCAUUGUAUCCACAUUCUGGAUCAGAAUGGACAGUUUCUCCGUUACAUUGAUAACUGUGAUCUGGUGGAUCUUAUGGGUGCAUGUGUGGACAAUAAUGACAAUCUGUUUGUGUGUGAAAAUUCCAUGGAUCCUCAUUCUAGUGCCCAGGAUAUACCCCGAUGUGACCUUUGUGAGACCGUCAUAGUACACAGCUACUGUGACUUUUGUCAUGUCAACCUCUGCAAGCCCUGCAUUGGAGAUCACAUCUCGGAUGGAUAUCAUAAACAUAUCAUAGUCCCUUUCAAGGAACGAAGAUCAACCCUCAUUUAUCCAAAAUGUGAAACACAUCCACAAAAAAAUUGUGAAUUUCAGUGUGAGGAUUGCGGAAACAUUUUUGUUUGUUCUUCCUGUACUGCAUCUAAGCAGCACAAGGGACAUAACUUUGUAGAAGUUACAGAAGUUUACAAGACAAAGAAAGAAGUUAUUAAAAAGGACACAAAAGACUUGGAGAAUCACAUUUCCCCUAAAUAUGAAGAAAUUGCACUCGACUUGGAAAAUCAGCUUGCCAAACUAGAUGGAGGAUAUGAGAAACUUACAACAACAAUGUCCAAACAAGGAGAACAAUGGCACAAAGAAAUCGACAUCGUUAUCAACAAAAUGAAAACUGAAAUCAGCGAGAUAAAAGUAAAACACAGAGACAUUUUACAGAAACACUUGAAUGAAAUCAGACAGAUACAGUUUCUCAUAAAAGAAACAUUACAGACCAUAAGGAAAAUCGAGAAAUCCACUGAAGUAUCUUCAACCAUUGAAUACAACUCUAAGAUCAGAGAGUUCAGCAAGCUUUCACCCAAGGUUCAGGUAUCACUGCCAACAUUCAUUCCAAAACCAAUAGACCGUGAGAAGCUGUAUAGUUUGUUUGGACAGAUCACCCCAUUAUCUACAGCUACAGAAGAAAAUGUUUUGUUACUGAACCAAUCAAACACUUUUGUCAGAGAACUACUGGAUGAACCAGAGCUUGUUGCCACAAUACAGACUGGGUAUGGAAAUCUACGCAGUGUUACCUGUCUGAAUGAAGAGAGGAUAUGGACAAGUGGAGAGACCAAUGAUAUCAAAUGCUUCAACAUUCAAAGUUCUCUCCUCCAGACAAUUAAAACUAAAUCAGGUAAUUUCCCCAGUGAUAUAGCAGUAGACAGUGAUGGGGAUCUAAUUGUCUCUGAUGGAGCAAUUAGGACAGUGUAUAAAGUAAAGAAUGGACAAACAGAAGAGUUGAUCAGAUUACAGGGAUGGGUGCCCUUUAAUCUUUGUGUCACCUCCACUGGUGAUCUCCUGGUUACCAUGUUCAGUGAUGAUAAAACUCAGUCCAAAGUUGUCCGUUACUCGGGAUCUACAGAGAAGCAAACAAUUCAAUUUGAUGAUGAAGGUAAACCUCUGUACUCAGGGAAUAAUCAUACUAGAUACAUCACAGAGAACAGAAACCAUGACAUCUGUGUAGCUGACUGGGAGGCUGGUGCAGUAGUGGUGGUUAAUCAGGACGGGAAACUCAGAUGGAGAUACACCGGUCAUCCCUCAGUUACCAAGAACCAACCAUUUGAACCUACUGGUAUCACAACAGACAGUCAGAGUCAUGUACUGACAUCAGAUUAUAGGAACCAUUGUAUCCACAUUCUGGAUCAGAAUGGGCAGUUUCUCCGUUACAUUGACAACUGUGAUCUGGAGGCUCCUUUUGGUUUAUGUAUGUACAAUAAUGAAAAUCUGUUUGUGUGUGAGUACAGCAAAGGCAAUGUGAAGAAAAUUAAAUAUCUAAAGUAGACAUCAUCAAUUAUAAAAAUGUGAUGAAAAUCAAACAAAAGUGGCCUUUUUCUGAUGUGUAUAUUGAAUUUCAUUGUUAGCAUUUUCUAUGAAAUAGUUUUAAAUUUUGCUUUCCUUUAUAUACUGAUGAAUUCAUAAAUUCUAUUCGUUCAUUAUAUUAUUAAUUCUAUUUUCAAUAAAAAAAAAUCUCUAAUCCAAUUCCAUUAGUUGAAGUAAGUAGCAUUUUAGCAUUGUUUGCAUGUUAUAUACAACUGUUGUACCUUAUCAAAUAAAUUGACAAGUGUCAUGAUCAUCAGUGUCAU